ACCCGGAGGCUGGUAUCUGGGACUUAGUGGGUCGUCCUUCCGUCGGCCUCGGAGCAACGCUGCGCGACUGACGAUCAGAAACACAGGAGAAUACCUACCUCAUCAGUUCGCCACUAUGCUGUACCAACUGCUGGCUGUCGCGCUGUGCGCUGGCCUGGCCUCGGCUGGCUGUCCGACCAACGUCGAGUGGCAGGGGUUCGACGGCUUCUGCUACUGGCGCUCCACCUACGCCACCUCGUGGCAGCAGGCCGUCAUCGCCUGCCCCACGGUCGGCGUUGGUUCCCAGCUCGCCUCCAUUCAUUCGUUAAUCGAGAACGCCUUCGUCAUGCAGACCUACAACUUUGGCGACACGUGGAUUGGGCUGAACGAUAUCGAAACGGAGGGCUCGUUCCAGUGGACAGACGGCUCCAAGGUGGACUUCACCAACUGGGCUCAGAAGCAGCCCGAUGAUUACCAUGGCCAGGACUGCGUUCACCUGCCGUAUAUCGACAACCCGAACGGGGCCGAGUGGGAUGAUGAACAUUGCGAAGAGGAGCGCCAUUUCCUCUGCAAGCUGCCCGCCACUGCCUGAAGACAUUGCUGCC